AUGACGGCCGCACUUAGAAUUCUUGCAUAUGGUGGUCCAAUGGAUAGUCUUGAUGAAUAUAUCAAAAUUAGUGAGUCAACUGCAAAGGUAGCACUUAACAAAUUUUGUGAAAAUAUUUUGGCUUUGUACAAGGAUCAAUAUUUGAGGACACCUACUAUGAAUGACACUAUGCACCUAAUGGAAGAAAAUGCAGCAAGGGGAUUUCUUGGCAUGAUAGGAUCACUUGAUUGCAUGCACUGGGAGUGGCGUGGGUGUCCUUCCGCCUGGAAGGGUCAAUUCCUUGGUCACACUAGAUCUGCUACGAUAAUCUUGGAAGCUGUAGCCUCGUAUGAUUUAUGGAUUUGGCAUGUAUUUUUCGGUAUGGUUGGUUCCCAUAAUGACAUUACUGUAUUACGACACUCUCAUAUUUUCAACGAUUUCAUAAGAGGUCGCACGCCAAAUGUACCAUUCAUUGUCAAUGGGUCCGUUUACCACAUGUCCUAUUAUCUGACGAAUGGAAUUUAUCCGCGAUAUACUGCACUAAUGCAAUCAAUCCCUCAUCCACACACACCUGUGGAACAAGUAUUUGCAAGAACACACGAGAGUGUUCGAAAGGAUGUGGAGCGUGCCUUUGAUGUUCUACAAGCUAAAUGGGGCAUCACAAAGGGACCAGUUCGUUACUACAAGACUUCUGAGCUUAAAAAAAUUAUGCUUACAUACAUCAUUCUACAUAACAUGAUUAUUGACGAUGAGAGGCAUAUUGAUAUCGAUCCAUGGAUGCCUUUGUCCGAUGAGGUUGUAUCAGCCAUUGACACCAUUACAACCCCGAGGUUCUUGCACAAUACAUUCACUCACGUAUGGAACAUAUACGUGAUGACCAGAUCAAUGCAAGAAUGA